AUGAAAGAAACGUUGGAUUUUUUUCAGCUUUAUAGUUAUCUCUCCACAAACCCUUAUUUUGGAGCGGGUGCCGGUCUUGCAGGACUUGGAAUUUUCGUAUCAUUUGCUCGGAAGCUAGCAAUUGUAUCAAGCACACUUUUCAGAAGGCGUUUUUUAAUAUCUAUGCAAAUCAGUAAUGAGGAUCCAGCGUAUCCCUGGCUGCUGAAAUACAUUAAUCGGCAUAGUUUAAGUCAAGCCCGACAAAUUUCAGUAAAUACGUUUAUUACUCAAGCGGAAAGUGGCCGUACUGUGACGAAUUUAACAUAUUUACCUGGACAUGGAAUGCAUUAUUUUACUUAUAAUUAUCGAUGGAUACAGGUGGAAAGGCAACGAGAAAAACAAGUCAUACAAAAAGGAAAUUAUCGUACACCAUUUGAAACUGUGACAUUAACCACAUUAGGUACUGAUAUGCGUUUUUUGACAAAUUUGCUCGAUAAGGCGGUCACAGAAGCUUUGGAGCAUGUAAAGACGGGGCUUGUUAUAUAUAGAGCUGUAGGACCAGAAUGGCGUCGUUUUGGUACACCUAUGCGAAAACGUCCUUUAGCAUCAGUUAUAUUAGAAAAUGGGAUUUCGAAGUCAAUUGUAAAUGACUUUCAAGAAUUUUGUUCCUCUUGCAAAUGGUACACUGAGCGUGGGAUUCCUUACCGUCGUGGAUAUUUAUUUUACGGACCACCAGGGUCUGGAAAAAGCAGUUUUAUUGCAGCCUUAGCAAGCCAUUUUGGUUACAGUGUAUGCAUGUUAUCACUUAGUGAACGAACUCUCGAUGAUGACCGUCUAAAUCAUCUUCUGAAUACUCCCCCUGCUUACAGUGUAGUAGUGCUGGAAGAUAUCGAUGCCGCUUUUAUUUCUCGAGAAGAUCCAGUGCAGUCUUCUAAGGCUUAUGAAGGCUUAACAAGAGUGACAUUAUCGGGUUUACUGAAUGCCAUCGAUGGUGUUGCUAGCGCUGAUGAACGAAUACUUUUUAUGACAACUAAUCAUAUUGAUCGUCUUGAUCCAGCUUUAAUACGUCCAGGCCGUGUAGAUGUGAAACAGUAUUUUGGUUAUUGUACUGAGAAAAUGUUUUCUGAGAUGUUCAAGCAUUUUUAUGGCCCUGAGAUCUCGGAGGAAAUGGCUUUAAGAUUUGGAAAAGCUGCAAAAUCUCUUAAUACAGAAAUAAGUCCAGCACAAGUCCAAGGAUAUUUAUUAUUACGUAAAGAAAGUCCUCAAGCUGCUAUGGAUGAUAUAACGACAAUAACUUGUUUUAAUUAA